AAAUAUUUAAAUCUGUGUUAUUUUAUGUAUUAUUAAGUAAAUAUAAAGACAAAAACAUAUUUACUAAUAUUGAUUAACAUUUGGGCGACAUAGCUAUUUUCUGGUUGGUUCACGUUCACUAACUAAAAUAAAAAAUAUUUGUAUUAACAUGUAAUAAAUUUUUAAUAUCUGGAGAAAGUGGCAGACCAUACCAAGAUUAAUAUAUAAGCUUGAUGUAUAAUUCCAGUAACACUUUCUUUCUGUUUUAUUGCUGUUUUGAUUAAAUGAUAAGACAUGUAUUAUUUGAUAAUACAAACGAUAUCUUCUGUUUUGAGUGAGGCAAUAAUAUAAUGGUUAUUGCAUGUUACAUGUAACCAACCACUUACAAUCCUUGACAGUUUGCAAAAUCAAUCAGAUCAUAACAAAUUCUAAUUUAGUAAUAGUUUUAUCAAAAUAAUGAUUCUGUCGUUUUCUUCCCUCUUUGUAGUAAAAAAUAAAUUAGCCAGUCUCAACCAAAUUCGCCUAUUAAAACCCUAGCACUUUCUCCAUAUUCUUCACACAAAACAUCACAAGCUUUGUAAAGAGAGAGUGUUUAGUGUUUUCUUAUAACUUAUAUAUUACAAAACCCUUAUAACCCAACUCAUAUAUUCAUCAAUGGCUUUUUCUAAGAUUGCUCUCCUCCUCAUUUUGAAUGUCAUUUUCUUCACCUUGGUUAGCUCGAAUCCAGUCCCUUACCGCAACCCCACUUGUAAAAAUGCUCUUAAAUUCAAGGUGUGUGCCAAUGUGUUGGAUUUGGUUAAGGUUUCUCUACCACAAAGAUCCAAAUGUUGCGGACUUAUCAAAGGUCUAGUUGAUCUCGAAGCUGCGGUUUGUCUUUGCACCGCCUUAAAAGCUGAUCUCCUUGGCCUCAAACUAAACGUUCCCAUUUCAUUGAGUGUUAUCUUAAACCAGUGUGGUAAGAAGGUUCCAUCUGGUUUUAAAUGUGCCUAGAGGUUGCACAGUUUUAAACCGAGACGCUAAACCAUUGCUUCAAAAGUUUGUUUCUUGUUUUGAGAUUUCUAUUUGUUUCUACCAGUAUCCAUUGUUGUAAUUUUUACUAGUCUAAUCAAUGAAAUAAGAAGUUUUGGUUCAAAAAAAAAUUAAAAUCAAACGUUGCUUAUUGUUUUUAAUUAAUGGAUUCUCUUAAGUGUUACGUGUUAUUACAGUACUGUUCCAUGAACCUUUUAAACUUAACA